AUGAGUUUCCUCCAGAAAUCAAACCCCAAGCCAUGGCAAUGGCAUUAUGUCCAUGGCAUCUCCAAGGUUUUAAAGGCUUUCUCUUUCUCCAAAUCUACAUUCCCCUCCUGCUCUUCUUCCUCACGUCCCAAAGACUCUUUACACAGUAGGAUCUCAAAGGCAAGAAAUGAAAAGGUCUCUGUUAUUCCAGUUAUAGAGCAAUGGCUUCACGAAGGCAAAACAUUUAAGCAAUCUCAGCUCCAUGAUUCCAUCAAGCACCUUCGCAAAAAUCGCCGGUUUUCUCAUGCCCUUCAGGCCUUUCAUAAAAUAUCACAAUGGACGAGUGACCAAAAGGGCUAUGACCAAUCAACUGAAGACUUUGCAGUUCGGCUGGACUUAAUUUCAAAAGUUCAUGGCAUAGAACGAGUAGAGGAAUAUUAUAAUAGGAUUCCCGACCGUUUUAGGGACAUCCAGGUUUAUGGUACCAUUUUGGACUGCUAUGUACGCAAAAAGCACUUGGAAAAGGCAGAGGCCAUGAUGCAAAAAAUGAAGGAGUUAAGAUUUGUAAAGGUGCGACAUUAUAAUGUAAUGCUAAGCCUCUAUAAUCUGAUGGGGAAACAUGAGAAAUUAGACACCCUAGUGAAAGAGAUGGAAGAAAAGGGAAUCCAUGGUGACAUGUGUGCAUUCAACAUUAGGUUGAACGCUUAUGGAGCCAUUUCCAACAUUGAGGAAAUGGAGAAACUUCUGAACAAGAUGGAAACAGAUCCUCGCAUCAACAUUGACUGGAAUACUUGUUUUGUUGUGGCAAAUGGUUAUCUGAAAGCUGGCCUAAUCGAGAAAGCUUUACCCUUGUUGAAGAGAGCUGAGCAAUUAAUCGGUGGAACAAGGGGUAAUUCGAAAAGGCUCGCUUAUGAGGUUCUCCUCACUUUAUAUGGUGCUGCUAAGAAUAAAAUAGGGGUAUAUCGUGUAUGGAAUUUUUACAAGGAUACAGGAGGGCUUUUCAACUCAGGCUAUCAAUGUAUGAUAAGCUCGCUGAUGAAGCUGGAUGACUUUGCUGAUGCUGAGAGGAUUUUGGAGGAGUGGUUAUUGAGGAAGACAUCCUUUGACGUUCAAAUUCCAAAUGCUGAGGCAUUUGUGAAAAAGAUUGUAGAGGGUGGGAUUGAGCUUCCUCCAAGCUCUUGGGAUCGUUUGGCAACUGGAUAUCUUGUUGGUGGUCAGAUAGUGAAGGCAGUAGGAACAUUAAAGAAAGCAAUUUCAGUAAGUAAACUGGGAUGGAAGCUGAAUUUUUAUGCCUUGACUGCAUGUCUUGAGGGUUUAAAAGGUCAGGGAAAUGUAGAAGAAGCAGAAGAGCUUUUGAAUUUAGUCAGGGAACAUUGUCAUUUCUCUCCGGCUAUGUAUGAUAAAUUAAAGACUUCUGCUGAAAACGGAAACUUCAGUGGCGAAGUGUUUCAGUUGGAAGGUGAUGACCAGACUCUCAAUGGAGAAAUACCUGCUUUCUCGGAGGUGAAAAAUAAUGACAGUGCUGAAUUGUGA